AUGAAGAAACGGCUGUGCAUGCUGGAUACAAUCAAGGUUGUGGGCCCCAGUGCUGAAAACCUGGGCUUCUUAGUCAAGCUGUCCCAGUACAGCUACAACAGAGAGCAUGGAGAAUUGCCUAGGUCUGUGCAAUUCACCGAAAGCAGGACACAUUCUUUCAACAAAAUUACCACCCCAUCAUCCUACUUUCAAUCAUUAGUGAAACAAUGGAAGACUUUGUUGACACUGCUAUCAGGCAGCACUUUAGUUGCAAAUCACUUGCUGACUGACUCACUCUUACAUGCGCACUCACGUCUGUCUGGCAACCCAGCUGAUCUUGACAAACGGAAACAAGUGUUUGGUCAGAACUUCAUACCACCCAAAAAGCCAAAAACAUUUCUGCAGUUAGUAUGGGAAGCACUACAAGAUGUAACUUUAAUUAUACUAGAAAUUGCAGCCAUUAUAUCUUUGGGCCUUUCCUUUUACCGCCCUCCUGGAGGGGACAGCGAAUUAUGUGGGGAAGCUACAGGUGGAGAGGAUGAAGGAGAGGCAGAAGCUGGCUGGAUUGAAGGUGCAGCUAUUCUCCUCUCUGUUAUUUGUGUGGUGCUGGUGACAGCCUUCAAUGACUGGAGUAAGGAGAAGCAGUUCCGCGGGCUGCAAAGUCGCAUUGAACAGGAGCAGAAGUUCACUGUGAUCCGCAAGGGUCAGGUUAUCCAGAUUCCAGUGGCGGAAAUUGUUGUGGGAGACAUUGCUCAGAUUAAAUAUGGUGACCUUCUGCCAGCUGAUGGUAUCCUCAUCCAAGGCAAUGAUUUAAAAAUAGAUGAAAGCUCCUUGACAGGAGAGUCAGAUCAUGUGAGGAAAUCAAUGGAGAAGGACCCAAUGCUACUGUCUGGUACCCAUGUAAUGGAAGGCUCAGGACGGAUCCUGGUAACUGCAGUAGGUUUGAACUCCCAGACCGGUAUCAUUUUCACAUUAUUAGGAGCAGGUAGUGAUGAGGAAGAGAAGAAAAACAAGAAGGGUAAAAAACAAGGAGCCCCAGAAAAUCGCAACAAAGCUAAAGCUCAGGAUGGUGUUGCACUGGAGAUUCAACCACUGAAGAGCGAGGAAGGUGGUGACCUGGAAGAGAGAGAGAAGAAGAAAUCAAAUAUACCAAAGAAAGAAAAAUCUGUCCUACAGGGAAAGCUCACCAAAUUGGCAGUGCAGAUUGGAAAAGCAGGUCUGCUUAUGUCAGCAGUCACAGUCAUCAUCCUUGUGUUGUUUUUUGUUAUUGAUACUUUUGGGGUUCAAGGCAGACCAUGGCUAGCAGAUUGUACCCCAAUUUAUAUCCAGUAUUUCGUGAAGUUUUUCAUCAUUGGCGUCACUGUGCUUGUAGUGGCCGUACCGGAGGGUCUUCCGCUUGCUGUUACGAUCUCUCUGGCCUAUUCUGUAAAGAAAAUGAUGAAGGACAAUAAUUUGGUCAGACACUUGGAUGCCUGUGAAACUAUGGGCAAUGCUACAGCUAUUUGCUCAGAUAAAACGGGUACACUCACCAUGAACAGGAUGACUGUAGUACAAUCAUAUAUUGGAGAAACACACUACAGGCAAAUACCUGCCCCAGAUGCACUUUUACCAAAAGUUUUGGAACGGAUCGUAAAUGGAAUUGCCAUCAACUCUGCUUAUACUACCAAAAUACUGCCCCCUGAGAAAGAAGGAGGCCUUCCUCGCCAUGUAGGGAACAAGACUGAAUGUGCUUUGCUUGGCUUUGUGCUGGAUCUGAAGCAAGAUUAUCAGGCUAUACGCAAUGAAAUUCCAGAAGAGAAGCUGUAUAAGGUGUAUACCUUCAACUCUGCACGCAAAUCCAUGAGCACUGUACUAAAGAAUGUUGAUGGGAGUUUUCGCAUGUACAGCAAGGGGGCCUCUGAGAUCCUUCUACGCAAGUGUACUAAAGUGCUAACUAAAACUGGAGAUGUAACAGUAUUCAAGGUAAGAGAUCGUGACGAAAUGGUGAAGAAAGUGAUCGAACCAAUGGCUUGUGAAGGUCUGCGCACCAUCUGCCUGGCAUACAGAGACUUCGUUAAGGAACCUGAGUGGGAUAAUGAAAAUGAGAUUCUGAGUGACCUAACAUGCAUCACUGUUGUGGGAAUUGAGGAUCCAGUGCGACCAGAGGUUCCAGAAGCCAUUCUGAAGUGUCAGCGAGCUGGUAUAACUGUGCGAAUGGUGACUGGAGACAAUAUUAAUACCGCACGUGCCAUUGCCACAAAGUGCGGCAUCAUUCACCCUGGAGAAGAUUUUCUUUGUCUAGAAGGAAAAGAAUUCAACCGGCUUAUCCGCAAUGAGAAGGGCGAGGUUGAACAAGAACGUCUUGAUAAAGUUUGGCCAAGUCUCCGAGUACUUGCACGAUCAUCCCCAACAGAUAAACACACACUAGUGAAAGGUAUCAUUGACAGCACAAUUGGAGAGAUGCGGCAAGUGGUGGCUGUGACUGGAGAUGGGACAAAUGAUGGUCCAGCGCUGAAGAAGGCCGAUGUCGGCUUUGCUAUGGGCAUUGCGGGAACAGAUGUGGCAAAGGAGGCCUCGGAUAUCAUCCUGACAGACGAUAAUUUUACCAGUAUUGUUAAGGCAGUGAUGUGGGGCCGCAAUGUGUACGACAGCAUCUCAAAGUUUCUGCAGUUCCAGUUGACAGUAAAUGUGGUUGCAGUCAUUGUGGCAUUUACUGGUGCUUGUAUUACCCAGGAUUCUCCACUUAAAGCUGUUCAGAUGCUCUGGGUAAAUCUGAUCAUGGACACGUUUGCUUCUUUGGCUCUGGCAACCGAACCACCAACAGAAUCUCUUCUGCUUCGCAAGCCUUAUGGCAGGAAUAAGCCACUAAUCUCUCGGACAAUGAUGAAGAACAUCCUGGGUCAUGGGGUUUAUCAGCUCACUAUUAUCUUCACACUUCUCUUUGCAGGUGAGAAGUUUUUUGACAUUGACAGUGGGAGGAAUACUCCACUUCACGCUCCUGCUUCAGAACAUUACACCAUUGUAUUCAACACUUUCGUCAUGAUGCAGCUUUUCAAUGAAAUCAAUGCUCGCAAAAUUCACGGGGAGCGGAACGUGUUUGAAGCAAUUUUCCGAAACCCCAUCUUUUGCAGUAUUAUUGUGGGCACUUUUCUAAUUCAGAUUAUUAUUGUGGAGUUUGGAGGGAAGCCAUUCAGCUGCUCGGGGCUAACCCUUGACCAGUGGCUGUGGUGCAUUUUCAUUGGGGUUGGUGAGCUUCUCUGGGGCCAGGUAAUCUCCACAAUUCCAACAAGUCGCCUAAAGUUCCUGAAGGAAGCUGGCCAUGGUACAACGAAAGACAAUAUCCCUGAAGGAGAGUUAAUGGAGGACAAUGAUGAAAUUGACCAUGCUGAGAUGGAACUUCGUCGGGGACAGAUCCUCUGGUUCAGAGGUCUGAAUAGAAUCCAGACUCAGAUCAAAGUGGUGAAUGCGUUCCGCAGUUCCUUGUAUGAGGGGAUAGAGAAACCGGAAUCUCGAAGCUCCAUCCACAACUUCAUGACCCACCCAGAAUUUGGAAUGGACGAUGACGAGCCUCGGAUCCCACUGAUUGAUGAGACUGAUGUAGAAAUCAAUGGACUUGCCAACUGUGAUGCCCCAAGCCCACCCAACAAGAAUAACAAUGCUGUUGACAGUGGAAUUGGCCUACCCCUCACAGACGCUAGCAAGCUCGCCUCUUCCAGUCCAGGAAGCCCCUUACACAGUCUAGAAACAUCGGUCUGAACCUCUUUCCUCAACAGCCCCCACCUCUACCACCCUCAAAAACCCCCACCCCACACACACUUCACAUGGAUUUCUAAUCCAUGAACUUUCAGCUUUCACACUACUUGGUCUUGUCUUGCAGGAAGCAAAAAAAAAUUGAAUGGUGGUUGGCAAAUUGAUGGGAAAUCUGCAGAUCCUAAAGCAUUUUAUGUAGGAUGAGUGAAUGUUUCUGGCAAUAUGCCAUUUGAACGUGAAACACUAUCUUAAGGUUUUAAAACACACCAAUUGUCAUGCCAGAAGAAUGUACAGAAUGGUGAGAAUUAAUGGAAUUGAAAGUUAUUUAUGUUGACUUUUACUUCUCCUAUCACCAGCACUUUGGAGUUUACAAGACUUCUAUUUCAAUUUAUUUAAAUUGAAAAGCCACAAAUUUCAAUAACAGUGAAAUGAAAUGCCAAAAAAAAACAAAAAUCGCACAUUGCCUGGAGUGUGUAGUUUCCAGUAUGAGUAAUGGGAAUUGAUUCCACAGUUUGGUUAGUGUAAAGGGGCAGCAGGGAGGAAAGACUUAAACUUAUUUAAAUUAUUAGUUGUUAGUUUAACAUGGCUUGCUGAUGACCUGUGUUGGGUCUCUUUUGCAGCCCACUGCCAAGUGGCGGCUUCAUUUCACUGAAGGAGGCAAGUGGCAAAAUCUCCUAAAUUUCAAUGUGCUGGUUGUUUGCUUCACAUCACUUGUACUCUAAAACUGUCUUCUAGUCUCCUAGCAAGGUGUGAUCCAUGUCCACAAUAGACUGCCUGGUGCAAGUGGUCAGCAGUGAUGUUCUAGUCUCAAUGACAAAGCUGUUCAAAAUCCUUUUAAGACUAUCUUUGUAUCACCAAUUUUAGAUUAUUUGCAGGGUUGGGGUUUGAUUGAGGUGGGGAGGGGAUGGGGCAGAGAAAUUGUGGCACUCGUGUUUUUUCGGUUGGGCACGGUGACCGAUUUCUCUAUAAUCGUUGUUGACUGCCAGACUUUUGGCUUCCCAUUAAAAUUGAGUUGAAGCAAGAUGUCUAAUCAUUGUCGAUGUGCUGGGGUAUGGUGACGUCAGAUGCAUACAGAUGCGUUCUGCUUUCUGACAAGGUGACCAAUGUUUGAGACUAAAAGUCUAAUGAGGCAGUUGACAGGAAAUCUUUCAGUCCAACUAUUAUAAUUGAUGUACAGUAGAGCUACUUAGAUCCUUCUCAGACAUCAAGAUCAGUAACUUUCUAAAUUUACAUUUGGUUUAUACCCUUCUUCAACAAAAACAUAAAGCCAAAUGGGAUCAAAAUUUGGUACGAAUUUGGUUUGGAAUGUAUGUUUCUGGCAGCUUAUUUGCUACUUUUCACUUUUUAAAGCUUGUUGCAGGGCUUCAAUUCCUCAAUGGCAGUGUUGUCUGUUUAGUUCUAAUUUUGUAAUGAUACAUACACUUAAACUAGAAUAAAAGAAUGGCAUUCACUUAACUGGUAGGCAAAGGGAGGGAAGCAUAAUGGCAUAUCAUGAUUACAUUUGAAUUUGUGACAAAGGUUUCUCUCUCUCUCAAAAAGAAGCUUCUAUUUAAAAACUUAGCAAGCCUGAUCUCUUUAUCAUACACAUUAAUUUAUAUAACCAUUUAACAUGUUCACUUGCCUGUAUUUGGUUCUGCACAUGACACUUCCUGAAAUAUUGGCUAUGCUUUGAUGCCUUCAUAAUUCAGUGAAACAGAUGAUAAUUAGUAAUGCAGCAUUCUCUGAAUAAAGUGAUUAGGCUAAACUAAAGUGAAGUUUUCGGAUGCGGAGUUACUAAGUAAUCAAGUAUUUAGACGUUUUGCUUAGGCAGUGACUUGUCACGUUAAAAAUUUGAGUAAUGGGGUGAAACCUCGCGACAUCAUGCAGAAUUAACAAAGUACAGAACUAACAGUACAGAACUUUGAAUGCGGGCACAUCCCCUAUGGAUCAAUUACUUGAUGAAGUGGAGCUGUUUUAGGUGAUGGUACUAGAUUUUGUAUUUAGUCUCUUGCCUGUGCGUUAGUUGAGUUGCAUGUUUGAGGUACUUUUCCUCUAAAAUAUUGUCUAAAGUGAUUCCCUACAACCCACAACCCUUGGCACCUUUUUAAAUGAUCAUAUCUGCAGAGAUACAAUGUAUUACUGCAUACAAGCAAUAUUUCUGACACUUUUCCUAACCAAAAACUUUGAGAUAUUGGUAAACACAGAUUUCAAAUGGUCCUCUUUUUCCAUAGUACUAGGAUGGGUGAUGGUGUAGUAUAGGGCAGCUGCCAAAGUUGAUUUUAAAGUCCCCAUGAGGUGUACUGACAAAAAGCAGUUUUUGUCUACACUAAAAUAAGCAAGAGAAAAGUUGUAAUUUAUCUUUUAUCAUAAAAUUAUAUUCUACAGACCAACCAAAAAGGGACACUACAGCUUUAAAAGGACAAUGUUAAGUUAUAAAAGAAUGUGAUAUUUUAACUUUCACUUAACUAUGAAGGAAGUGAAAGGAUAUUUCCUGUUACCACUAUGCACUAAAUGUACCUUUUUUAGUUCAAAUUGUUUGUACCUGAACCAAAAUCACCUCUUUGCAUCUCCUGUUGGCAAAGUUGUUGAGGUAUAUGUUGCAUAGUUUUGUUGAAGAGGUGGAGCCUAUGAUUGUUGGAAAUUAUUCCAAUUCCUCCACUCAGUUCACAGCUCCACCUUAUCACAAAGCUGCAGUAGAUACAUUUCACCAUUCAGUUGCCGUUUCACACUUGCAUGGUAGAAUGUUGAAAAGGGACUACAAUAUUGGUUAACAAAGACAGCUUUCCUUAUUAGUUAGUAAGAAAGGAAUUGGAAUGUAUAAAUUGAGCAAACCCUCAUAGAAAUACAUACAAACUUGUUUUUAAUUGACCCCAACCAACAAAGUAAAACCUUUAACUGUUCUUAUUUAAUCCGGUAAGAGCAGUGCUGCUGGCCUAUUAAAGCUGCUGGCCAAAAUUUGGAAUCUAAAUGGAAGAGCCCAGCCCAUAGUUUUCAGAUCAUUGUUGCAUUCAACAUUUUCAAUCUAUUUGCUAAAAGUUUCACUUCAGGAAGUUUUGUGUAAGGAUAAUUUUUCCACGUAAGCUCUCCAUGUUCUGCAACUUCUACUUGGUUAUUGAGUUUUGCAGGCUGCUGAAGAUGCAGCAUCUAAUCUGACUGCUCCUGACCUGCUCUUAAUGUUUAUUUAAGAUUUUGUUUUAAGGAAAACCUUUAAAUCUUUUCUCAGUCGUGCGGUGGAGCAUCUAAAUCACAGGUAUUUGUUUCAUUUUAAACAAAACACCACCCACUCCCACACCCCCCCUCCAAAAAAAAACAACACCUUUUAAUUAUAAAUUUGAACAGACAAGAGAAAUUUCUAUGGCUGUUCCUGCUAUAAUAGGUUUGCAAUCUUCAACUCUCCUGUUCCCAUAGAGAAGGUAGGCGGAGAUGAUAUUAGGUGUCUGGUAAAAAUAAUAGUAGUUGAAACUAUAGUUGAAACUCUCAAUUAGGGUAAGAAAAUCUAAUCUUCCAUAUAUAUACUUACACCAGUAUUGCGUUGUACAAUAGGUCCUGACCUUUAUAAAGAUGGGCAAGGUGAUUAGAAGCUGAUGCGAGAGCUGUAAUAUCCAUAUCUGUUGAAGUCCAAUGGUGUAAUGCAUGUAAACAUUCUCUAAGCAUGGACUCUUGGAGUCUAUCUGAAGCAAAAGGUCAUUAUCCAGAUUUAUGAAGGCUAGUUUUCAGUUCAAGAGUUUGAAACCUCUAAUCAUUGAGAUGGGGAUACCCAAUGGUCUAAACAAGAAUUGUUGUAAAUUUAAUUUUGCAAUGAAUAAAUGCAGCUUCACCAGCAUUAAGGUACUUAAAGCAUUUGAUUAACAGAGCAGUUGUUCUGUGCCAAAAGAUUCCAACAUGAAAGAAGCAAGAUUCAGUGUUCCAUCAGAAGUACAUUUAUUACUCAAAUUCAACCAAAAUUGCGUGUGCAGCAAGUUCAAAAUCUGAUUGGUCUGCCUUUUAUAUUGUAACAUGGAACGCAAUUGACAGACAGCUGCAAAUCUGUGGGGAAAAACAAGUGUUUGGUACCUAUUAAGUAAGUAGGAAGAAAAUGGUUUUCAGGUAUUUAUUGAUGCAGUUAGUAGUACAGAUGCUGUCAUCUGUUGUCCCUAUAGAGUACACCUUGUAGCUUAUACAAAACAAAUGAAUCCUUUUUUUAAGUAAAAAUUAAAAUUUUCUGAUGCUUAAUAGUCUCCACAUGUGAAGGCAAACUUUUUUCUGUUGUUAUUGAAAUGUCCUUUUAAGAGCACCACCCUAGUCUAUUGUUUAAAUAAAACACUUGAGCCAAGAAUGGACUCUAACUACCAUUGCAGUUACUGAUUUACAUAUUUCUACAGCCUCGUAGAAGUAAUGCGAUAAUGGAUUGUAGUUAUCGAGUGUUGUUGAACAGUUUAUUUUCAUGUACUUGAGGUUUAUGCACAUUCUUGUGUGUAUCUGCACUUCCAAUUGACAUCACUCUAAAACUGUGUGGACUGUGAAUUCUUCUGCUAAUGGUAGGUUUUCUCUCUGUGCACUAAUUUGCAGUAAAGCUAAGAAAUUACUGCAAGAGAUCGUCUUUGAGCAGAUUAUGUUGGGGAAAGAGUCGGAAUAAAAAUCAUUGGCAAACCUUUUCAGUUUUUUCAGUCAUUCAAAACAAGGGCCAUUUUUCAGUUUGAAUUGUAUUGCUACUUUGUGAAUGGUCUCAAAAGUCAUCCCACGGCAUCAGCUGGUUUCCUGUUACCUAACAGUGCCGGUAACAUGAUGCCACGGAUUGGCAAAAAAGAGCUGCCUCGUGUUUAGUAUUCAAAUCGCUCUAAUUUCCUGGCAUUUUAACUUCUGACACUUUUAGACAAUCCAUCAUUAUCUGCUUCUACUCAUUAAAAUUAAACUUCCAGUCAAACUUUUGAGUUUGUUUCUGGCUGGUUAAAUGCAGCAUCUCAUCGCCACGUCUUGAGGUUUUCUUCCAAUGUCUUUUAUUACUUCCCUUGUCACUUCCAGUGUUUAUAAAUAUCCCUAUCAAUUUCAAUCAGCAUGCACACAGAUCAUGUUGAGUUGAAAAGAAUUAUUCCUUAUCUGACCUGACUUUCCUCAUCUCCCACGUUUCUAUCUCUCCUGCACAGACUUGAAAUAUUGAGAGGCUGACCUCGCAAGCUGUGUUUUUCACUGCUUUAUUUCCUUGCAUCUAGGCAAUUCUCCCAUGUAAUCACAAAGGCCUCAAACUACAGAAGCAUUUCAAAAUCCAAAAGAAGAGCUUUCACACUAUAAAAAUGCCAACAAUUACUGAACACUUAUUAAACCUUUUAACAGUUUGAAGGCUAUUUAAGGUCUUUCUCUUCUCCAUCUCUCCCUCACCACCAUUCCCCCGCCCCGCCUCCAAAGUAUCAAAUUGAAUUCAGAGCUGGAUCAUCUCCUCCUGCCACCCCGAAAAACCCCAGGUUCGGAUUGAUCGGUAAUAGAAAGUUUUUUUUAAAACAAUAAAUUAAUUAUAAUUUUAUAAAAUGUAAUAAUGCUCACCUGCUUCGAUCUCCAUGUACCUUGACCAAAUCUUGACUUCAGGAUAAACCAAUGCCACAAGCAUUCUGUCUGUCUUAGUUGCUGGCUGUUCCAAGGAACGUGCGUAAUUUCUAAUUCAGAACAGUCCACUUUACAAACUAAUUUAAUUGGAAGUGUGCAAUUCAGAACGAUGGUGUGUAUUAAUACAAGUUAUGCCGGAGGCUGAAGUUUUCCUUUUAAAUCAGUCAUUUCUGUGAUGAACUAAACUGAUCAUGUGCUCAAAAAAUGUUCACUUUUUCAUUUGGAGACAUAUCACUUUCAAUGGAUAUCUGCCGUCCUUCCUACUGCACUUCAAGCAGAAGCUGGUACAACUGACGGUGUGAUGAGAGACUCCUGGACAUUAAUUAUCAUUGGAUGAAAAAAAGUGCAGUAAAAAAUAAAUAAAUAGCCUUCUUGGUGGGUUGUGGGCUGCCUUGUGACAAUAGCAGUAUUACAUUAAGUUUUCUUUUUUACAAAGUAAAUCAAAUGCCUUUUAUAAAUUUAGAAAUGAUGACUAUGAAGAUUAAACAAAAGGCAGUUUGGAAAAACAGGUUUUGAUUCCACUAAAAAUCCACCUAAUAUGGAAAGUGGUAUGUUUCCAGUUUUGGGACCACAAGCAUGACAAACUAUUUUUAAAUUAUGUAUGAAAAUUGUCUGCAAUCCCCAUCUUCCCUGGCACAUCUUUAUCUCAUUGGGUAAGCUGUUUGAACAGUGUACACUUUAAUUACCAGUUUCCUAAAUGUAUGGUCUUGUAGAGCAAGAACUUGUGAAGCACAAUCAAAUACUUGGGACUGACCUGCUCUGUUAUAGUAAAUGAUCGAUAAAAGGUGAAGAACCAGUUAAAGUGGUCACGAAGUGGUGAUUGUAGACUGCCAGUUUCCUGACAGCAGCUUUUUGAGGAGAUUUCGAUCAACCUUGGCCUGACCUAGAAACAAAUUAUCAUCAUAGAAUCAUACAGUAUAGAAGAGGCACUUCAGCCCAUUGGGUCUGUACCAUUUUGUUAAGCUAAUAUAAAAUUUAUUAUAUAGAUAUAUAUAAUGCAUCUGGAUGUUGUCUACGUGGGUUAGAUUUUUUUCAAAUGAAGUUGAAGCUUUUUCUGUGUGCUACAUCUGUUGCUGAUCAACAAGAGGCACUUGAAACUUGUGAAGCCAUGCUUACAGUUAAUGAUUUGGGAUUUCAGAAAAGAAACUAAUUUUAUAGGAUGUAUCAAUGCUAGCCUGCAUUGAUCUUAUGUACCUUGACCAUAUCAAGGUGUCAGGAAGAAAUCUACCAACAAAUGCUUAACAGUAGAAGCACUUGAAUGAUCUAGACUAUUCUAAAAUUAAUGGACUAUAAUGUAAGACACUAUUCUUUCUCUAUUCAAUUUGACAUUAACUGACGCAAAGUAAAUGACUGACUUUUUUUUCCUGUAUUCAGUCCCUUGAAUCUUAACCAUUAUUCUUGCAGUUUGCAUAAUUUUUUGUUUUUGAAAUCUUUGUGUUAAGCAGGAAAAAGAAUUUACAGAAAAUGGAGAUAUCAGAUUAUGUAACAGGAUAUAUGCAUGUUUCUGUCACAGUGCAGAGUCAUCACUUUGGUAACAAAUCCUUGAUUUGAUGAUUAUUGGUAGUCAUUUUUAUUUUCAAUCUGUAGACAGCCACUUGGGACAUCCUUGCUACCAUAAUAAAAUUGUGGUCUUUUUAUAUAUACAUUUUGUUGGUAUUAAAAUUUGUCUAAGAAUUUUGCUUUAUGCAUAACUUCGUUUCUACGUUCUAAAAUGUUUGAUUUUCUUGGCUUAAUCUGAAAGUGGGCAACAGUAGAACAGUUUUUUUUUUAAAAACAAACACACUAUGGCUUAAGUUAUUGAAUAAAAAGUAUGGUGCUGUAGCUUUAAGGUAUAUAUCCUGUUUGAUAAGUUUAAAAAAAUAGUGCAGCUUCGUUAACUUAUGCCUUGAAAGAUGGGAUACUUAUUAACGCUAUUGUGUGUUUUUCUUCAUCAAGCAAACAGCACAGACUUAGUACAAUUUCAAACGCACAUUACUAAGUAAUAUCUUGGUUGCCUUUUUUCAACUUUAAAUUGUGAGCUAAGGGAAUCCUGUGAAUAGCAUAUACACCUAACUCUUCUGCCUUCAAUUAAAAACAAUAAACCUAUGUUCCAAAAAGUGUUUACAACUAGUAUAAAUUUUGAAUGAAAAAGGCAAAAGUGUUGCAACAAUAUCUGUCAUUCAUGUCCAUUUUCAUCUGAUUCAAGGGAAUUCUUGCUCAGUUGGGAAGGCAUUGUGGUAUAAAGAAAUGAAAUAAGACUUUGGAAGGAAGUCUUGUGAUGCAAUUCCAUUGUGCAAGUGAAUGUAGAAAAUGUAUUUUUUGGUUCUGGACAAUUCCAUCCUUCAAUAAAUACACUCGUGAAGCUAAACUAUUUCUUUUAGAGCAGAGGAGAGCAAGAUUGAGGUAUCCAGUAGCUAGUGUAAUACACACUGGUAUUUUUGUAAAAAAAAAGAAAAACUUAAAAAUUUUUAGAAAAUGACUGAAUAAUUAUGUGGUAUGCAUGACUUACUGUGGUGGAUCAGAGCAAUAUGUACCCUGGUGUGUUUGCCACAUUAGAGUUCAGCUUGGAGUGCUGAUGCUGUAUCUUGCAUUUUGAUAUUUUUCUCUUAUUACCAGUGACAUAACCUCUAUGUAAAAUGUUUUGCAUGUAUUUAUAUGGUUCUUGUGAUGGAAUGAAUAGUCAAAUUAGCUUCUUCCAGAACACACAACAAUCUGACAAUACAUUCAGUUGUAAAGCAAAAACAAUUUUAAAAAAUUGGCAAUGAUUUAUCAAACUUUAAAUGCGUGAUUCUAGAAGCUUCAGAGUAUUUUUUUACAAGCAGCCUGCAUUUGUGAAUCAAGAAUAAUGUAUCCUGCAAUCUUUGUGUAUUAAAAGAAAAUAAUAAAUAUUUCUCCAUCAGUUGUUUAUGGAUAACUUUUUUAUCCUGUUGUAAAUAAACUCAUUUUUUUGUUUAUUUUGAACUAUGCAAAUGGGUCCGUAACUGUUUUCUUUUUAUUUUCUCUUCCAUUCAGUCUGUGUUUUGGUGGAAUGUGUCUUGUUUUGGAAGAUGUGUAAACCAUUUUGUAGUAAAUGAACAUGUAGAAUGCAGUCUCUCCCGUUCCUGUCAAGCAAACUUCAGACAAAGAUGUCAAUUGAGUAAAUACAAAUAAAGAAUCUGGGGGAAUGGAAAA